UGACAGAUAGUUUUUCCGACGUAAUAAUUACAUAUUCCCGCGACGCUGUUGUCUCGGACGUUGGCGCGAUGCUUCGAAGCGGCUCGACUUAUAGACAAGUAUCGAUUACAAACGGAGAGCUACUAAUUUAAUAUCGGGAUCGAACGCCGUAGCCGUUAUAGUUCCGCGUUCGUCUCGCGAGUUGUCUCAGUGAUACCGGGUGACGACUGUUGACCGGACGUGUUCUUUUUCCGCGCGUGUUUUUGGUGAGGAGAAGACAUGUGGGGCCACAUAUUGAUCUCAAUCGUCAUCCUGCUAACGUCGUUGCUCUAUCAUUAUCACUUCAGCGAGCCGGCCAGCAUUAUCGAUUAUCCCGAGACGCAUUAUGACUACGUCGUCGUCGGCGCUGGUACGUCCGGCUGCGUGAUUGCAUCACGGCUCUCGGAAAUGUCAAACGUGACCGUUCUGCUCGUGGAAGCCGGCGGAUAUUUCGGAUGGACAUCGGUUAUACCGCUCUUAGCGCCAAUGAUGCAGGGCACCGAAGUCGAUUGGGCCUAUAAAACGGAGCCGCAAGUUUUCUCGUCCCGAGGAUUCAACGGCUAUAAACAAAACUGGCCGAGGGGAAAGGGAUUGGGUGGGAGCGGGCAGCUUAAUUACCUCGUCCAUUCCUUCGGGAGGCCCGAGGAUUACAAGAAAUGGCCCAAGGGCUGGUCACACGCCGAUUUGCUCCCCUACUUUCAAAAAGUGUCCGAUAUUAUGAACGUUGUCCCAAUGCCGGAGGAAGAGUAUCUAACAAAGGCCUUCGUUCUGGCCGAAGAAUCCUUGAAGCUGGAUAACGUAUCCCUGCGGAAGGCAAUGUACACCGCGAAGAGAGGUACCAGGUGGAGUACACAUCACGCUUAUUUGCAGAAGGCUUGGAAUCGCAAGAACUUACAUAUCCUCACGAAUACGCUCGUUACAAAGAUAGUUUUCAAGAAUAAUAAAAUCGAUGGCAUUAAAGUGAUGUAUAAAAACGGUUCAACCGGGAAAAUCGGCGUGAGAAAGGAAGUAAUCCUUUGCGCAGGCACUGUCAACACUCCGCAGUUACUUCUGAUCUCCGGCGUAGGACCAAUCAGCGAAUUGGAGAAGCAUAAAAUAUCUGUAGUACGAGAUCUUCCGGAGGUAGGCCGAAAUCUGUUCGAUCAUCUGAACGUGCCCGUUUACGUGAAUCUGCGAGAGCGCGUCAGUAUUACGCUCGUGAAAUUGCAAACUGUGCCGGAGGUGUUCAAUUAUUUCACCUUCGGAACCGGAUGGUUGGCUACUAACGGCGUAAUGGGAUUGGGGCGUGCUAAUAACAGUGGCCUCCUUCUCUUCGGAAUAGCGUCCACGGAGGAAAAAUUGCUGAAGGCCAUCUCAAAUUUUGAGACCGAGACGUAUAGGUCGCUAUUUCCGUCGUAUAACGAUAGCAUGCACGAGGGAUUCGUUUAUCUCGCGUCGUGCCUGCAACCCAAGAGUCGCGGAAGCGUAACAUUAAGAUCUAGCGACAUCCGCGAUCCGCCGAGAAUCGAUCCCGCGUAUCUCCAGGACUCUGACGACGUCACGUGCACCUACCGAGCUUUAAACUUCGCGCUGGAGACUCUUAAUACGAGACUCUUUCGCGAAUACGGUGCCAAGGUCCACAUCCCCGAUUUCGAGGAAUGUCGUCACUUACGACAGGACUACCGGGACUUUGAUUAUUCGGAGUGCGUCAUGAGAAUCGCAGGGCUCACGGCUUAUCAUCCGUGCGGCACAUGCAGAAUUGGCGCGGUUGUGGACGAGGAAUUAAGGGUAAAAGGCGUGAGUGGAUUAAGGAUAAUGGACGCCAGCGUAGUGCCGUCUCCGAUUUCCGGUACGCCGAAUUCAGUUCUCAUCGCGAUGGCCGAACGCGCAUCCGACAUAAUUCUGGAUAGAACGUUUUAUUGAGAAUCGAGAUAUUCAUUAUGUGUAAUAUGUAUAUAUACGAUUUAUAUUAAUAAAAAGAAAAGAAAUAACAUAUACGUAGUUCAGGCAUUGCAAUUGUGAUUAAUCGUCGAUGAUCGAUUGCAAUCUAGGAAAAACAGUGUUUAAGGGGAGACGAAUGAACAAUAUCCAUGGUGCUCCAAGUUUUUUGUAAUUUAUAAUUAAUGGUAAAGUUUUUCUUUUGUUUUACAGUAAUCGAACAGUUAUUAAUAGUCUCUAAUUAAAUUUCGAUUAAUUUUUAUACAAACAAAAAGGGUGAGUUACACUCAACGGCAUAGCCACGAAUCCCUGCCACCCCGUUCGCGCUCGGAGUAUAAAGAAAAAAAGAAACUUAUAUUUUUUUACACGUUCUCUCCGUUAAAGAAGAUUUCUUUCACCCCAGUUCCCGUCCGGGAUCGUUUGCGAUGUGUGGCAGAGUUUCGACGUUCUUCCUAUCCCACUUUCGCAUCUUGCAUUUCUCUCUCUCUCUCUUUCUCAUGCAUAUCCAUACGCAAAUACAUAUACGCUCUUUUCUCGUCUUUCCUAUUUCGCUUUCUAUCAGUUUUCACUUCUCUCAUGCGAAUCCGUAUUGGUAUUUCUCCUCGCAUCGAUCGCUUUUCUUCUUUAGCUCUCGCUCUUUCUCGCAAGCACUCACACACACAUACGUACAUAUCCACGCAUACCUUUUGUCGCCUCUUAUAAAUAAAAUAGUUCGUAAUAUAUAUAUCUAUAUAUAACGCGAAAUGUCGUUUCGUAUUUUCUCGAAAACACAACUAUGCCCGUGCGCGCUUCGCUCAUACCGCAGAUAAACGAGCCCUCUCGGCGUCUCGCAUCUGUUGUCUCUCCCCCUUUUUUUUUUAGCUUCUUUCUCUUCCACCCCAUAUAUAUAGUAAUAAUUCGUAACGUAAACUUAAUCUCUCAACUUAAAACAAAAUUGGUAACCACGUAUUCGCGGCGCACGCCGCGAGUCUCGCGUCCGCGCCGGAAAAACCUUCAUUCAUCCGCGAGUGGAUGAAAAAUGAUAUGAAUAAAAACAACGUGGCACGCGAAUCGAACGAAAAAAAAGGGACUCGUAGACCGGACGAUUUCCUGAAUCGUGUUAUCGGCGACGAAACGAUUUCGUUCGUUGACAAAUUUGUGCGCUACGAAUGUAUCGUGCCGACGCGACCCAGAAAUACCGAGAAACCGAAGUGAUUCGCGCUAAUCCGAUACGCAUAAGUUGAUUUGAUGGCAAAUCCGAUUACGCGUUUGCGAUUUAGAAAUCGUAUAGUCCCCGAGGGGCUAUAAGAUGUAAGAUAAUUUGGCGCAAAUCAGCGAGAAACACGCGAGACUUCCCGGGGAAAAAAAAAAAAAUAUUCGCCAUGUGAUUUUGGACCUCGCGGUAUUUUCGACGCGCCGGAAGGAGCUCGCCGGACGUGCACCGCGCCUCCGGAUGCAUAAACGCCAUAUUUCUUUUUUUUUUUUUUAUUAUUUUACUAUAGAUAGAGUUUUUUCUUGCUUUAGUUUUUGUAGAGAAUGCAGUCGCAUCGCGGGACCACGACGACGGGGAUCACUUAAGAUCUAAACAAGUACUCCUUAAUGUUAGAUAUAUAACUAUCUAUUUUUAUAUGUAUAUAUAUAUACUUUUUUCAUAUAUAUUUAUAUUGAAAAAUGAGUGUAUUCUCUCUUUCUCUCUCUCUUUCUCUCGUUAUCAAUAUAGGGAUAGAUUAUCAAUUAAUUUGCAAUUGCGUGUAACAUAGACGCGUCCAGCGCAUAGAAACAUAAAUAAAUAAAUAUAAACGGAUGUAUUUACAUUAUACUCAGGUAGAAGAGGGGGAGGGGUAUGUGAUAUCAUGGAAGGUCCGAUGGGAUAUAUAUAUUUAUAUAUAUAUUCCCUUCUCUAUUUAUCUUCUCUGUCCCUAUCUUUUUAAAUAUAUGUAUAUGUAUGCAUAUUAACGUAUAAAUCUCAUUCGUCUGUUGUCUAUUGUACGAUGCCGGUAUAUCUACUUUACCUCGGUAAAUAUGCGACAAUGAUAGAAAAAACAAAGAACAAAAAUAAUACUUGGUGAAAACAGAGGAACCGGAAAGGAACCGUAGAUAGCUAUAUAUAUAAUAUGCGCGUAACUAUCGGUAUACAUAUAUAUAAAUAUAGAUACGGAGUUCUGAGGUAGAAGCGGUUUCGUAUACUUAUCAAUAUGUUGUAUCAUUAUUGUGUGUGUAUAAGUAUUGGUGAGAGGUCUGCAUGACUAUCGGUAUUCUCCGAGUAUCAGGUAAACAACUUGCGUCCAACGAAAAAGAAAAACUCGCAUAUCUUCGCCAUUGACAUGACGUUGAAAAAAAGAAAAUGAAGGAAAAACAGAAAUUAAACGGUAAUCUGAUAAAUAGAUUUAAUAAAUUUGACAAUUGUUCGUUGAUCAGAGAAGGAGAGGAUUCUAUUGGCAUUGACGGUGAUCCUCGCGUCCACCGAGACGAAACGAAAAAAGUAAAGCCUUAAUUGUUUCGUACAAAAUUCAUUUUUCAAGUAACUACGUUUUACGUGUAUGUACUACGUUUAAAUUAAAGAAAAAUUACUAAACUCGGUGGGGGAUGUAAACGGCCGGUCGAACGGAUACUAGCAAACGGAAGGGUUGAUCGGCGACGAGCCGCUCGAAAGGGAAGGGAAAGUAACGAGAAACGAGGUGAAAUAAGUCAACGAAGAAUAAAUAUAUAUAACAACGAGAACAUACGCAUACGUUUGACGUUUGCGAGAAAAGGAUUCGCGUUGAGUCGCAUAAAGAAACUCGAAAAAAGCGCGUGGACCCGCUAUAUAUAUAUGUAUGUAUACGUGUAUGUAUAAUUUGUAUGUAUAAUAACCGCCGAGACGCGGUUACUAUUUUCCUGCGGACGACGCAAGGCCGUCGAGCGGGAAAAUUGCGAGAGAAAAUCAACGAUAAGAAUCCGGCGGUGAUUUCUGUAGCGAGCGAUCGAAAAGAUUCGCGGCGAUCAUUAAACUCACGACAAUGUAUAAGAAAGGCUUAAAAAAACAAAAAAAAAAACGAACACACCUACACAGUCCCUACUAUACACCCGACUAUUGCAUCACUUGAUUUAUUGAUUUAUGUUUAUUUAAGAACCUUAUCGACUAUUAUACUUUGUAGUUUGUACUUGGUUUUCAUAUUCCUGAGAGAAGGGCUCGCGACGCGUCGCGCGCCGUUCGUCGACGUUCUCGGGAAAGUCUCUGUCCUAUCAUUGAUAGCUUCUCUCCACUAUUCUCUCCGUGUCUUCCCCAUUUUUCUCGAUUCCUAUUCCAUUUCCCGAGACGAGACGAGACGAGACGAGACCGGCAGCGCGACGCGCCGAUCCGAUCUUGCAAACUAUCGCUUUACUGUGUUAUAUACAGUGAUCUUUCGUAAGCUUCAUUCUGUGUGCACCCUGUAAGUCGUAUGUGUGAGGUAGCAUUUGUACUAGUAUCUGGCAAAGUAUUGUGAUCCGUUAUUGCGGCGGCCGCGGCCGUUUUGGACGCGUCGGCGACGCGGCUCUCGCGGAGGCCCCCCGCUCGGCCUCUGUGGCAGUGGUUUUUGCAUAUUUUACGUCAACGCCACGACGAGAGAUCAGUCUUAUUGUUGAGAUAAGAGAUAAGGAACGGGUGCGAAAUAGACGCGCGCGACGUCUCGCCAUCGUGCCUUUCGAGGGAGUUCGACGCGAACGUCGGUCCAUCGUCGAUCUUAUCCUCGAUAGUACGAUCGCGAGACCUCGAUCGGGUCUUUAUAUCGAUGAGAGGUGUACGAGAGGGAUAUAUAAAAUUGUCAUCGCGUUGGAUUCCAUGAGCGAGGACCGAUCAUGGUGGUACGGUCCUCGACGACGAGCUCGUAUCCCCGACGCGUCCGGCCGCAAGGCGCAUUUGGUCUCUUCUUUUUUUUUUCUAUCAUGUUUACCUAUAAUUUACAGCGUGUAUAGUAAGUUCACAAAAUCCACACGUCUCCCGUCUGUCUCGUUUGUUAACCCUUAACAUUACGUUUAUUUUGUACUAUAAGUCGCGGCCGGGAAACGAGCCGCUCGUUCCCCGGACGUUCGAGGUCCCGCUCUGCGACAUCGUUACGCUAUGCGUUUGUCUAUUUGUUUGUUUGUUUGUUUCUUCUUUUUCCUUCACCACUUUUUGCCCUCCUCUUCUGCAUUUUUCUUCUUUUUGCUUUUUUUGCUUUUUCAUUUUUUUUUGCUUCUUCGAUUUUAAAUAAUGCUUAUGCGCGUGCGUGAUACAUGUACUAUGUAAUCAUUAUCCAACUACGGUAUAGUACUAUUAUAUACUAUACGAGCAAACGGUACAGUAGUUGCCAGUGCACUCUCUGCGCGCGGUGUAUGUGCAGUGAUGACAUUCAAUUUUGCUCCCUCAUUCACGUCACGCGGGCAGCCGUAUUUUUCUCUCCAUCUUUCAUGAAGCUUAUCGCUGCCCUUUGCGACGCGAAUGAUAACGAAGGUUCCCCGUUGUGCGGAAAGCCCGUUCACACCGUGACAAUCGAUAAAUCGACGUGCUCGAACGCGCGCAGUUUCCAAUAUAGCAAAACUAGAUCGAAUUAUAGCAUAAUAUUGUUAAUGCGACACGAUGAUCUUUCUGAACCAACGCGAUCGCCUCUUUAGUGACGUUCGAAUCGUAUGCAGAAAAAGCGGAUCGAAAAGAAGAAGUGUAAGACUUCCCUUUUUGUCUUUUCGUCACAACUCAUGUUUAUAUUAAUUUAGAAGAUAUUAUUUAACAAAUAAUUGGAGCCAAAUUUGUGGAAUCAAGCGUCCGUUUCGAUUAUUUGAAUGAGCUCACACGCACAAUUUUUUUCUUCGCAUACGCUUCUCGAAAGCGCGCGCGCACGAGCGAGCCACAGUGUGAAAUCUCCCUCGCGUCUCGUGUCAAGCCUUGUGUCACACACGACAUCUAUAAAGGAUUCUCAAUCCGUAAAACACAUAUUAUAGAAACAACAUGCAACAUUUUAUCCUACGCCGUGAUACAAUAAUGGUACAUACAUACGCGUACGUUUGCGCGCGUGCAACGCGCGCAACGCGUACAUGCAUCGCGCGGGUGUCGUGUACAUGUGUAACGUGUACGUGUGUGUGUGUGUGUGUAUGUUUGUUUUCUCUCUGCGUGUACAUAUAUAUACAUAUAGACCAAGUAUAAUUUUUACACCGGAUAUAACCGGACCCGAGGACCUUGAAAAUUUUGAAGACGAAAGCGCGCGCGUCUCGCACUUUCGACUUUCGGCCGCGGAUCCGAUCUCUUAUACGCGUACCUCGACGAAAAUCGACCGUAACGACGAAAUCUAAUAUAUUAUUCUCGAGAGCCCUCGAGACUCUCGGAAUUGACGCGAACAAAAUCGGAGAGAGAAUCGAGGAAAAAGGAAAUAA